UCUCGAGAUUCUGUGAAGUGCCCCCGUGUGUGUGUUCUUCCGCUUUCCUCUCAAACCCAUAUUGGUUAAUUAAUAGUGAUAAUGGUGUACUAAGAGACUAUGGCGCUAAUGGACAUCGGACUGCUAUUCGUAGCAUUUAAUUUUAUAGGUGCUGUUUACGGUGCUGACGUUUAUGUGGGUAAAGAAAUAGGCGAAUUGAACAGCUACCAUCAUCAGGUUGGUGGCAAGGUGUAUGCCGUCAAUAAAAAUACUUUCCUGAUCAAAAAUUUUAUGUACGAUGGCAACGGCCAGGAUACCUUCUUCUGGGCUGGUUCCAAACCAAGGCCUGGAUCACAGGGGUUCAUCGUUCCUAAUGAAUUUGGAAGGACCAACGUCCUUGACAGAUACCUGAACAAAGACAUCACCAUAACUCUACCUGAGAGGACCAUCGUGGAAAUCAAAUGGUUGGCUAUUUACGACCUUACAAGAUUGGAAUCCUUCGGUGAGAUAUACAUCCCGGAAUAUUUUGAACCGCCUCAAGAGAUUAUCUUGAAUAAAUUAUCGUCAAGGAGUGGGGAGGUUCAGUCUGGAGCUGUUAUCAUUAAAGAAUCGAAAACUAUAGUCAUUCAAGACCUUGUGUAUGACGGCACGGGUGAGGAAGUCUAUUUUUGGGUGGGUGUUGGUCCCCAGCCUCAUUCAAAGGGCUCCAAGAUUCCUGAUGAACAUGGAUUUAUGACUCCUCUCAAGAAGUACAACAAGAAGACAAUUACUCUAGAGUUACCAGGAGACAUGACAGUAUUCACUGUUGACUGGUUGUCUAUUUACGACAUCAAGAAUCAAAAAGUUCUUGGCUCCAUCAUCAUCCCAGAGGAUCUUAAUGUGCCUCCCUCUCUUGUGAAAGUUAUACCUCACGAAAACGACAUGCCAAAUUGUGAACAGCUGCACAAGAAUCUCCAGAUCUCAUGGGAUGUUUUUGGUAGUCAGGUCACACUAGAACUGGCUGCUCAAGUUGAUGAGAUGGACUACAUAGCCUUUGGGAUGAGUGGUUCCCCAACAGAACCAAAGAUGAUUGAUGGAGAUGUAGUUAUAGCUUUUAUGGAUGGUCACCUCCAGCACCUUGUUGAUUAUAAUAUCUCGUCAUACAUGCCCUGUACAAAGCUCUUGGGUCAGCACAAGGGCGUGUGUGAAGAUGACAAAGUUGGGGGCCACCAGAAUUAUCAAGCUCACAGUAGUAAGAGAGAAGAUGGAAUUAAUGUAUUCACGUUUCGACGUCCCCUCACCACUCCUGAUGAUGGGGACACACCAUAUCCAGCGGAAGGAGAGGCCAUGAUCAUCUGGGCCCUUGGACGUCUUGAUAUAAACCAACGACCUACUAUGCAUUAUGCAUGGUCUAAGGUCAAGCAGCCAAUAGAGUUUGCCAAAGUAGCCGGUGAGAAGAACUGCUUUGCCUUUACACGCAGCACUAAGCCAAAACUAAAGCCAUGGGGGCCUUUCCAUAUAGCUGACCCUGCUCUCCGUGAGUUCACAGCUCGACUAGGACCUGAUGGUGGACCUCGUGGUUACAGCGGAAUGACAAAACAGGAGUCAGAAACAGGCUUGGCAUGGUACAUCAAUGGAUACAUGACUCCUAGCGUUUAUUUGAAGCGUGACACUCGCUACAGGUUCCUGGUGGAAGGAGGCUCAAAUCCUUAUGAUCCUAAAAGUUACCAUCCUAUGAUGAUUACUGAUGAACCCCAUGGCGGUUAUUCGCAGCUUACUGAAGAGCAACAGAAAGACGUGCGUGUGCUCGCUGGAAUUGGCUACUCUGUAAGAGGAGAUCCUAGACCCACUACAGCUGGACGCUUGUGCUUGUGGAAGCACCCACCCGAAAUAGACCGUCGCAAAGAUGUCGAAUUCAUGACAUUUGAGAGAUAUCGAAAUUCAUUAACCCUCAACUGUGACGAUGAAGGCAAAGCUGCUGUGCUAGAGUUCACACCCAACAAAUCUUGGCCAGACAUAGUCUACUACAACAGCUGGACAGGAAAGAACAUGGGAUGGCGUCUCUACAUCCUCGACGAAAUAAACACAGAAAAGAUCUUGAGGGAAGCAGCAAGUAACAGCAUGUUGGUGUCGGUUCCAGCAAUCCAUGUUUAUAUUUUGAUAGCUCUCGGACUUUGGUCAUACCUUAUGGUAUUAGUAUGAGAGGGAAGUUUUACUCAAUACAUUAGGUUGAUAUAAAAACUCCCCAAAAGCCUUUUAUACUUCGAAUACUUUUAAUUGUAGGUAACCCGAGGUACAGUUUGCAUUGGGGUACAUUCAUGACCGUUGUGAUGCAAAUUUUGCAGUUGUUUAUAUUUCUAUGAUACAGUGCAUCAACUUAAUUUUCCUAAAUCUCGCCUAAUAAUCUGUUGCCUUGAUAGGAAAUUGAACCUUAGUUAAAAAUUAUUUUUGCAUAUCAGUUAACUCCACUUAGACAUGUAAAAAAUAUUUAAGUACAAAUUGCCAUUGGUCUGAAUUCUAGAUGAUGUUCAUUAUAAAAAAAAAAAAAUAAGUUAAAAUGGUUAACUUUCAUAAUAUUAGCUCUCCCUUUUAUUUAUUUUUCUGCAUCAUGCUUGAAGUAGGCCUGUUAGCCUUGUGUUGAAGUUGCUACAAAUUAGUUAUUUCUCACCCACAGUGAACUUGAAAGCUCUAGAACAGCUCCAGUCAGUGGUGUUGGGAGGAAGUCACUCCCAGUGAAGUAGGGUUUAUGUUUAUGAAAAUGUUUUAUGAAAAUUUAAAAUUUUUGCUGUCCAUACAGUAAGCACUCUACCUUAGGAGUACAUAUUGCUAUUAUGGAACGAGGCUAGCAAUGGUUCGUAAGCAUUUUUGUUUACCGUACCUUUAUUCAUAUUCUCUCUCUCUUUCAUUCCUACCGAUUGUUUCAUAGUGCAACUGUGAGGUUGUCCUCCCGUUACACUUUGAAAACAUUUUGACUGUCGGUUUCUCUUUCAUUGCUGAAUAACCUCAUAAUCCUGAGUGCUUGGUCUAGGCCAAAAUUUUACAUUCUAUUAUAAUCAGCAUUUUGUCUGAUGGGAGAACUACAGAAAAGUUGGCUGUCAGAGUAAGGUCCCAUUUUUAUAACAUGCUCAUAGGCAAUGGAAUUCCUUCUUAUUAGCUGAUGUAUAUUUUACCCUUCUGCUUUAGCUGUUUUGCAUGUCUAAGAAGUUAAUUAGGACCAAAUUCUGGCCGUGACCUUGUCGUCUGGACUACUGUUGUGAUAAUUUAUUUUGAUAGCAGACAUCUUUUUUUGAGAUUUUCUAAACUACUGCAUUGAUGUGAUUUUUUCUUACCAGGCUUUUUGUGCUCAAACUAUUAGGUUUGGAUAAUCUGUUGUGUAUACCUUUUAAUAUCUGCUCCCUUCAUGAAAAAUGGCAAUUUUGUUUUGCAGUUACAUUAACAGAUGGUGAUAAGAUCAGAGAACUUCCAACUUUGCUCAGUAGGCUUGGCUGUAUAGUUUCAUCAUGUGAUUUUGUGGAAAGCUCGACUUUGAGAUUCAUGAGCUUUCUGGCAUGUAGUCCAGUGCCCUAAGUUGUGAAAGAUUUUUUACUUUGACAAGAUGGUGUAUUCUCUGCAAACCAAAGUUUAAGAACAUCCAAAAACUGACCGUCAGAGUUGAGAAGCUGUGAUUUUAAAAAAUGCUUUUUCAUAGAGCAAGAACAUAAUGGGUAGUGGCCCUCAAAUGCAUCACAGUAUCAAGGGAGUAUAAUUCACAUGAAAGCAGUCCCUAAAUUUCAGUAAUACUCUAUAGAAUUCUGUGCAAUCAAGACUCAAGAACCACUAAGGUCAACUGAUAUCUUGUCUUGCCUAUGUAGAAUUUUAGAUGACUAAAGUGUAGGAAGUGCUUAGUGCUUAAUACUGAUAUUGUGUGAGGGUCAUCAGCCAAAAUAUUGUUGUUCACAUAUCUUUUGAAAUCAGUUUCCUGAUUGUCAUACGUGUCUGUUCAAGACAAUCUAGAUUUAUGUGGCCUGCAGAGAUGAAAACUGGCAGUAGAAGAGUAAGUUCUUUUCAUCUCACAGCUGAUAGUGCUAAGAUUUUAACUGAGGAUGGUAUCUAACCUCCUGAUCUUAAAUGUGUACAGCCUGCAUCUUUAAAAAGGACCUUUGGCAGUGGUGUUCUGUGAAAGAAGCAUACCAUUGGUGUGUUGAGGUUAAUCAUUAAUAGUUUGCAGUGCUCUAAGUGAGCAAAGUUUGAUCAACUUCAAAGUUAGGUAGUUGCCUGUUUCGUGAUGUGUGUCCUGACCGCCAGUGUUAGUCCUCUACUAAUCCCUAAGAACAUCAGAGAUGGAAGACUGAACAACUUUUUUGGCAGUACAAGACUAAAGAUGUCCUGAGGAGGCCACAUCCUCAGAGUGAUUAGGAAAACUGAAAAAGUACAUUCUUUGACAGAUGAUGGUCAGCUUCCCAUCAGACAUUCUAAAAAGAUUGGUCGUCACUUGUUCAACAGUGAUCUGAGCCUUGGACUGUCCUGCAAUGAAGACUAGACCCUCAGUUGAACAAUUCACACUAGAUGUAUAAAGAUAAGGAUACCACUUACCUUCAAAUAUCAGAUACUAACUCUUAACGGGCUGCUCCAUUGAGCAACCAGUCAACUACUGUCCGAUACCUUUGAGUGAAUGGUAUCCUUAUCUUUAUAUUUUUAGUGUGGAUUGUUCAACUGAGCUUCUGGUCUUCAUUACAGAAGGUCAGUCCAAGCCAUACAGGGUUCAAUGAAGGGACUACAAACUUUUUUUUUUAUCACCAUUGAGAGAGGCAACGCCCAGUCUUAAUAUGAUGCCUGAUGGGAAGCUAAUCCAUCAUUUGCCCGAGAAAGUAGCAGUUUUGCUAAUUGCUCUUGAGGAUGUGGCCUCCUCAGAAACUUUAUUUCAACAUCAUUUUGUGCUGCCAAAAGAGUUGUUCAGUCUUCCAUGAUCUCUGAUGUCCUUGGGGAUUAGUAGAGGACUAACACUGGCAGUCAGGAGACACAUCAAGAAACAGUCAACUAACUUUGAAGGCCACAAAAUUUCGCCCACUCAGUUGGAAGCAGGCUUCAUCCUCCAUGAACAAAGAGCACCGCAUACCACUUUGGUCAACUUCAAACCAGUGAAUACCAUGUGCCUCUGCUUUGGAAACUGGAGUGGGUUGUCAGCAUGAUAUUUGGGCAGCUGUCAAUCUAGAGGAAAUAUUCUUUAAAGUUUUCUUGUAAUCCUAAUUCAUGGCAACUCUUCAAAUAACUGGUGCACUCGUAGGCUUGACAAAAAGAACUUAGUAUGUCCAACAUCAAAUCAUCUGUUUGAUGCUCAAGUCAAAGAUUUCCUUUAUUUCAAGAACUACUACAUCUCUUGGCAGGUUUUGUAGUGUGCAGUAUACUAAGUUUCACUGUGUUUGGAGGUUAUAAUCACUAUUUUCAUAAGUAUGUACUGUACUUGUUAUAUGUGAAACCUUGUAAAAAUAUCCAAUAUGCUUAAGAUUGUAAUCGCUGUACAGUAAAUAAAAAGUUAAUUUACA